AUGGCUGUGAAAAAAUCGGAAGAACACGAGCAUUUCAAAAAGGAUGAGACAUUUGAAGAUCUGCUAAAACCGGUAUAUAAGGGCAAGAAGUUGACAGACGAGAUCAGUACUGCGGAGGACAAAUGGAAUCUUUUGCCUGCUUUUUUGAAGGUUAAAGGUUUGGUAAAACAGCACUUGGACUCAUUCAAUUAUUUUGUGGAUGUGGAUUUGAGGAAGAUCAUUCGAGCCAAUCAAUUGAUCCUUAGUGACGUUGAUCCUGAAUUUUAUUUGAAGUACGUCGAUAUCCGGGUUGGUCAGAGAUCUAACGGAUCAAAGGACUAUUUAGUACCGCCACAUGAAUGUAGACUGAGAGAUAUGACCUAUUCGGCCCCAAUUUACGUUGAUAUCGAAUAUACGAGAGGAAGAAAUAUUAUAAUGCAUAAGGACGUCGAAAUCGGAAGAAUGCCCGUGAUGUUGAGGUCGAAUAAAUGUAUCUUGUUCGAAUCGGAUGAAGCGACUAUGGCGAAACUUAACGAAUGUCCGCUGGAUCCUGGUGGAUAUUUCAUUGUCAAUGGUACUGAAAAGGUCAUUUUGGUGCAGGAACAAUUAUCAAAGAAUCGUAUCAUUGUGGAGGCGGAUGAGAAAAAGGGAAUAGUGCAAGCUUCCGUCACUUCAUCUACACACGAAAGAAAAUCCAAGACUUAUGUGGUGACCAAGAAUGAAAAGAUAUACUUGAAGCAUAACUCCAUUGCUGAAGAGGUUCCCAUCGUGGUUGUGCUCAAAGCUUGUGGUGUCGUUUCCGAUCUAGAGGCAAUGCAAUUGGUCUGUGGAAACGAUAGUAGCUACCAGGAUAUUUUCGCGGUCAACAUCGAAGAAGCAGCCAGGUUGGGUCUGUACACACAGCAACAAGCCCUAGAGUACAUAGGAUCCAAAGUGAAGACAGUAAGAAGACAAAAGUUAUCUGUUUUACAGGAAGGUAUCGAAGCCAUCGCAACCACAGUCAUUGCUCAUUUAACCGUAGAGGCUCUUGACUUUCGAGAGAAAGCCCUCUACAUAGCAAUGAUGACCAGGAGAGUUGUCAUGGCUACCCAUAACUCAAAAAUGGUUGAUGAUAGAGAUUACGUGGGAAAUAAACGUUUAGAAUUGGCAGGCCAACUGAUUUCGCUGUUAUUCGAAGAUUUGUUUAAGAAAUUUAACAGCGAUUUCAAAGCAAGCAUAGAUAAGGUACUCAAGAAACCUAAUAGGGCAAUGGAAUAUGAUGCUCUGCUAUCCAUCAACGUGCAUUCAAACAACAUUACUAGCGGGUUGAACAGAGCGAUCUCAACAGGUAAUUGGUCUUUAAAGAGAUUUAAAAUGGAACGUGCAGGCGUUACGCACGUCCUGUCGAGGUUAUCGUACAUUUCAGCGUUGGGGAUGAUGACAAGAAUUUCUUCGCAAUUUGAAAAGUCAAGAAAAGUUUCCGGUCCUAGAGCUCUUCAGCCAUCCCAAUUUGGUAUGUUGUGUACAGCGGAUACACCAGAAGGUGAAGCAUGUGGUUUGGUAAAGAACCUGGCAUUAAUGACCCAUAUUACAACCGACGAUGAAGAAGAGCCCAUAAAGAGACUGUGCUACAUCCUCGGUGUUGAAGACAUCUCUCUUAUUGACAGCGCGUCAUUGCAUAGCAGUUAUGGGGUGUUCCUGAAUGGUACCCUCAUUGGUACAACAAAAUAUCCAACAAAGUUCUUAUCACAAUUCAGAAAUCUUAGAAGAUCCGGUAAAGUUUCAGAGUUUAUCUCAAUUUAUGCGAACUCUCACCAAAAAGCUGUGCAUAUUGCGACAGAUGGCGGUAGAAUCUGUAGGCCUCUGAUUAUUGUCACUGAUGGCAAGUCUAGGGUAACUGCAGAACAUUUAAAGAAGCUUCUUAGCGGCGAACUAGUCUUCGAUGACUUCUUAAAGCUCGGUCUUGUGGAAUAUCUCGAUGUUAAUGAAGAAAACGAUUCCUUCAUCGCUCUGUAUGAGAAGGACAUUGAAAAAAAUAUCACGCACAUGGAAAUAGAGCCAUUCACUGUUUUGGGAGCUGUUGCCGGUUUAAUUCCAUAUCCGCACCAUAACCAGUCGCCCCGUAAUACAUAUCAAUGUGCGAUGGGUAAGCAAGCUAUUGGUGCCAUUGCAUACAAUCAAUUCAAGAGGAUAGAUACAUUGCUAUAUCUGAUGAUUUACCCCCAGCAACCAAUGGUCAAGACGAAAACAAUUGAACUUAUCGGUUACGAUAAAUUACCAGCAGGUCAGAAUGCCACUGUUGCUGUCAUGUCAUACUCAGGUUAUGAUAUUGAAGAUGCGCUAGUGUUGAAUAAGUCUUCGAUUGAUAGAGGCUUUGGGAGAUGUGAGACACGUAGGAAAACAACCACUAUUCUUAAGAGAUAUCCUAAUCACACGCAGGAUAUUAUUGGCGGUAUGCGAGUUGAUGAAAAUGGCGAGCCCAUAUGGCAGCAUAAAUGUUUGGGCCCUGAUGGGUUAGGUGAAGUCGGAAUGAAGCUUGAUAGUGGUCAAAUCUACAUUAACAAAUCAAUUCCGACAAAUGCAUCGGACGGUGUUCUCGACAACACCCAAUCACAAUACAAAGAAACUCCAGUAAUUUACAGAGCGCCUGAGCCUUCUCAUAUUGAUCAGGUUAUGAUGUCCGUGUCUGACAAUGACCAAGCCCUAAUUAAGGUGUUAUUGAGACAAAACAGAAGGCCGGAAUUAGGUGAUAAGUUUUCUUCAAGACAUGGACAGAAAGGUGUUUGUGGUAUCAUUGUGAAGCAAGAGGAUAUGCCGUUUAAUGAUCAAGGUAUUUGUCCAGAUAUUAUCAUGAAUCCCCAUGGUUUUCCGUCUCGUAUGACUGUGGGUAAAAUGAUAGAGCUUAUAUCCGGUAAGGCAGGCGUGUUGAACGGCUCGCUAGAGUACGGAACCUGUUUCGGUGGGUCCAAGCUUGAAGAUAUGUCAAAGAUAUUGGUUGAUAAUGGAUUCAACUAUUCUGGUAAGGAUAUGUUAUAUUCUGGUAUCACAGGUGAAUGUCUACAAGCAUACAUAUUUUUUGGACCGAUUUACUACCAAAAACUGAAGCACAUGGUGCUCGAUAAAAUGCAUGCUAGAGCGAGAGGUCCUAGAGCAGUCCUGACCCGUCAACCAACGGAGGGUAGGUCCAGAGAUGGUGGUUUAAGAUUGGGUGAAAUGGAAAGAGACUGUGUUAUAGCGUAUGGUGCGUCGCAACUACUUUUGGAAAGGUUAAUGAUCAGCAGUGAUGCUUUCGAGGUAGACGUCUGUAACAAAUGUGGCUUGAUGGGUUACAGCGGUUGGUGCACUACCUGCAAAAGCGCAGAAGAUAUUAACAAGAUGACCAUACCAUAUGCUGCCAAGCUUUUAUUCCAAGAACUUCUUUCCAUGAAUAUAGCUCCUAGACUGAGGUUGGAAGAAAUUUUCAAUCAGUAG